GUGAGAGGGCGCCUCCAUCUUCGGUGUGUGGUUUGGUGUGGAACACAAUUCUAAAAAAUGAUAAAUACUAGUUGGUUCCUGACAAAGAAUGGCCUGAUCUUCAGCAGGUGUGCAGUGAUGGCCGCGUCCAUCAGUUCCUUUACCGGAUACGUGGGUCUGCAUAGUUGGUUUCUGGAUAACUACAGGAAGGUGUUUCAGUUUUACAGUUCUGGAUUUGAAAAGCCUUUGAGUAGUGAACUAGUAUCAUUAAGCAAAGAGGUAUUGGAAGAGAGCAAUUUAACCGAGAAGCAGAAAGAGUCCUUUAAAUUUUUCAUGGUGUGCGGAUUUGACACCUUUCAUGCGGGAAGCACGCAGCUGAAUACGGGAGGGUUGGUGGGUCUGCCCAACCACUUCAACUACACCAAAGAGGACGACGUGGAAAAGCAUGCCAUAAAACUACAGAACAAUUCUUCCGUUCACUGGAGCACCCGGGCAGGCCAAUCGCUGCUGGACUCGCUGGUGCUGAGCAGGGCAGCACAGAAAUUUGCCACAGCCAGGGAGAUACACUAUUGCACCACCAGUUACGUGUAUGCUUACGGGGUGGGGGGUACCAUUGCCAUAACUGCCGCCUAUCUCCUUGGUAAUGGACUGGCAGUUCGGUUUCAACUGUACAGACUUCCACUAAAACUCAGAGCGGCCCUGUAUUCCAUCUGUGGUUCUCUCGGUCUCUUCCUUUUCGUUACCACAAAAGAUGCAGCAAGUCAAUACUGGGACGGUUACGCCGACAGGACUGCUGCCAAGACGUCAUCGGAAUAUCUUAAUGGAGGAAUCGAAUAUUACGAAAAGUGUCUGAAGCGAAAUGUAGCUCUGAGGACUUUAAUGGGGGAAGAGGGUGAAAAGUAUUUCACCUGGCACGGAAACAGGAAGACAUUCAUCAGAGCUGUGACAUUACCUUUGACUGUCCGCCUGGAUAAUUUGAAAGCAAUGAAGGCAAAAGAACAGCAAAUUUUGGAAAGUAUAGAAGCGAAUUAGAUAAGUAGUAUUUUGUUUGUGAAUACC